CGCGGGUUGAUGCAAUUUUCGGUGUCGAAUUGAAGAAAAUCGGUGGAAGAGUCGUUUGACUCAUUUCCUCCUUCAUCACGACGCCGCACACACAGUCAAGCGCGAGUUGGCACCCCUCUACAGUCCAAUAUGGCAUCUCUCAUCACCACCAUCCAGUCCAAACUGGGCUAUUCCUCCCAAAAGGCCCUCCUUCUCGGCGCUGGGUUUGUUACCAAGCCCACCGUCCAGAUCCUCGCAGAAGCUGGAGUUGAGGUUACCGUCGCCUGCCGCACACUCGAAAGUGCAAAGAAACUAUGUGAAGGCAUCAAAAACACACGGCCAAUCUCCCUCGAUGUCACCAAUGAAGAGGCCCUGGACAGCGAGAUGGCCAAAACCGACCUUGCAAUCAGUCUGAUCCCAUACACCUUCCACGCAACCAUUAUCAAAUCCGCAAUCCGAAAGAAGAAGAACGUCGUUACCACCAGCUACGUUUCUCCUGCUAUGUUGGAAUUGGAAGACCAGGUGAAGGAGGCGGGCAUUACGGUCAUGAACGAGAUUGGCCUAGAUCCGGGGAUCGACCAUCUCUACGCGGUCAAGACAAUUGAAGAGGUCCACAAGGCUGGCGGCAAGAUUAAGUCUUUCCUAUCAUACUGCGGUGGGCUGCCGGCUCCGGAGGCCAGCGACAAUCCUUUAGGGUACAAGUUCUCCUGGUCAAGUCGAGGGGUUCUGCUAGCUCUCCGCAACUCGGCCAAAUUCUACGAAGAUGGCUCCAUCAAAGAAAUCGCUGGGCCGGACCUCAUGAGCAGUGCAAAGCCAUACUUUAUCUACCCUGGAUUCGCGUUCGUUGCAUAUCCCAACAGAGACUCGACGCCCUACCGGGAAAAAUACAGCAUCCCCGAAGCCCAGACUGUUAUCCGCGGUACGCUGCGGUACCAAGGUUUCCCUGAAUUCGUCAAGGUCCUGGUCGACAUUGGCUUUCUCUCGGAAGAAGAGCAGUCUUUCCUUAAACCGUCCGCGGACAAGAAGCCUCUGACCUGGGCUGAGGCAACGCAGAAAAUCAUCGGCGCGACAAGCAGCAAGGAGUCCGAUCUUUCGUGGGCUAUCAGCUCCAAGACCACUUUCAAGGACACGCCCGAGAAACAGCGCAUCAUCUCCGGAAUCAAAUGGCUCGGCCUAUUCUCAGAUAAACCCAUCACGCCACGAGGCAAUCCACUUGACACACUCUGCGCCACACUGGAGGAGAAGAUGCAGUACGAGAAGGGGGAGAGAGACAUGGUCAUGCUGCAGCAUAAAUUCGAGAUUGAGCACAAAGACGGGACCCAGGAGACCAGAACAAGCACCCUUUGUGACUACGGUGACCCCAACGGAUAUAGUUCCAUGGCCAAACUGGUGGGUGUGCCCUGCGGAGUGGCUUGUUUGAUGGUGCUGGACGGAAGAAUCAAAGAGAAGGGCAUCCUGGCGCCGCUGAAGUGGGAGUUGGCGGGGCCUAUACUGAAGGAGUUGAAGGAGAAGUAUGGCAUUUUCUUGACCGAGAAGACACUCGAAUAGGGGCAGAGGGGUUCUGAUUUUGAGGCCUAGCGUGAUUGUGGUUUGCACAGAGUUAUACCUCGUACUGAGUUGGGUGAUGGUUCAUAGAGGUCUUGAACCAAGGCUCAAACAGAUAGACAUGGGAAAAUAGGAAAAGCAUGUCAUCAUCAGACCUGAUUAGAUCUGUGCUUCCACGUAUCUGCAGCAGCUGAGACCCGAAAGACGGGGCCAUUAUUACUUUUAUAGAGCGUACGGC